GUGUGGACUCCAUUUCCCGGCGGCCCUGCGCAAGUGGCGUGUGCGCAGUGUCCCGGCGGCGAGCGGAAGAUGGCGGCGGCAGCGUCUGUGAAGAGGCGCUGCUGAGGGGGCGCGAGGGUCCGAGGUCAGAGCCGCGGGAGAGCCGACUGGCAGCCAUGGCGGGCAGCAGCGGGGACAGUGUCACGCGCCGGAGCGUGGCAUCCCAGUUUUUCACGCAGGAGGAGGGGCCAGGCAUCGAUGGCAUGACCACCUCUGAGCGAGUGGUGGAUCUUCUGAACCAGGCAGCGCUGAUCACCAAUGAUUCCAAGAUCACGGUGCUCAAGCAGGUCCAGGAACUGAUCAUCAACAAAGACCCCACCUUGUUGGACAACUUCCUUGAUGAGAUCAUCGCUUUCCAGGCUGACAAGUCGAUCGAAGUGCGGAAGUUUGUCAUCGGCUUCAUUGAGGAGGCCUGCAAGCGCGACAUCGAGUUGCUGCUGAAAUUGAUCGCCAACCUCAACAUGCUUCUGCGGGACGAGAACGUGAACGUGGUGAAGAAGGCCAUCCUCACCAUGACGCAGCUCUACAGGGUGGCCCUGCAGUGGAUGGUGAAGUCGCGUGUCAUCAGCGAGCUCCAGGAGGCCUGCUGGGACAUGGUGUCGGCCAUGGCGGGGGACAUCAUUUUGCUGCUGGACUCGGACAACGAUGGCAUCCGCACUCACGCUAUUAAGUUCGUGGAGGGCCUCAUCGUCACCCUCUCACCGCGCAUGGCUGACUCUGAGGUGCCCCGGCGGCAGGAGCAUGACAUCAGCCUGGACCGCAUCCCCCGGGACCACCCCUAUAUCCAGUACAAUGCACUGUGGGAAGAGGGCAAAGCCGCCCUGGAGCAGCUGCUGAAGUUCAUGGUGCACCCAGCCAUCUCUUCCAUCAACCUGACCACGGCGCUGGGCUCCCUGGCCAACAUUGCCCGCCAGAGGCCCAUGUUUAUGUCAGAGGUGAUCCAGGCCUAUGAAACCCUGCAUGCCAAUCUGCCCCCAACCCUGGGCAAAUCCCAGGUGAGCAGCGUGCGCAAGAACCUCAAGCUGCACCUGCUGAGCGUCCUCAAGCACCCCGCCUCCCUGGAGUUCCAGGCCCAGAUCACCACCCUGCUGGUGGACCUGGGCACCCCGCAGGCCGAGAUCGCCCGCAACAUGCCCAGCGGGAAGGAUGCUCGAAAGCGGCCCCGGGAUGACUCAGAUUCCGCGCUCAAGAAGAUGAAGUUAGAGCCCAACCUGGGAGAGGAUGAUGAGGACAAGGACCUGGAGCCAGGCCCGUCCGGGACGUCGAAGGCCUCAGCCCAGAUCUCAGGCCAGUCGGACACUGACAUCACCGCUGAGUUCCUGCAGCCUCUGUUGACACCCGACAAUGUGGCCAACCUGGUCCUCAUCAGCAUGGUGUACCUGCCCGAGGCCAUGCCCGCAUCCUUCCAAGCCAUCUACACCCCUGUGGAGUCGGCGGGCACCGAAGCCCAAAUCAAGCACCUGGCCCGGCUCAUGGCUACGCAGAUGACAGCGGCCGGUCUGGGCCCAGGCGUGGAACAGACCAAGCAGUGCCGCGAGGAGCCCAAGGAGGAGAAGGUGGUGAAGCCCGAGAGCGUCCUGAUCAAGCGGCGCCUGUCGGCACAGGGCCAGGCUAUCUCCGUGGUGGGCUCGCUGAGCACUAUGUCCACCCUAGAGGAGGAGGCCCCCCAGGCCAAGAGGAGGCCUGAGCCCAUCAUCCCCGUCACGCAGCCCCGACUCACAGGCGCUGGUGGGCGCAAGAAAAUCUUCCGUCUGAGCGAUGUGCUGAAGCCGCUGACAGACGCGCAGGUGGAGGCCAUGAAGCUGGGGGCCGUGAAGCGCAUCCUGCGGGCCGAGAAGGCUGUGGCCUGCAGCGGGGCGGCGCAGGUACGCAUAAAGAUCCUGGCUAGCCUGGUGACGCAGUUUGACGCAGGCCUGAAGGCUGAGGUCCUAUCCUUCAUCCUGGAGGAUGUGCGUGCCCGCCUGGACCUAGCUUUCGCCUGGCUCUACCAGGAGUACAACGCUUACCUGGCCGCAGGGGCCGCGGGCACCCUGGACAAGUAUGAGGACUGCCUCAUCCGCCUGCUCUCCGGCCUGCAGGAGAAGCCAGACCAGAAGGACGGGGUCUUCACUAAAGUGGUGCUGGAGGCCCCACUGAUCACGGAGAGCGCCCUGGAGGUGAUCCGCAAGUACUGUGAGGAUGAGAGCCGCACCUACCUGGGCAUGUCCACCCUCCGGGACCUGAUCUUCAAGCGCCCGUCCCGCCAGUUCCAGUACCUGCACGUCCUGCUGGACCUCAGCUCCCACGAGAAGGACAAGGUACGCUCGCAGGCGCUGCUCUUCAUCAAGCGCAUGUACGAGAAGGAGCAGCUGCGCGAGUACGUGGAGAAAUUCGCCCUCAACUACCUGCAGCUGCUCGUACACCCCAACCCGCCCUCCGUGCUCUUCGGCGCCGACAAGGACACAGAGGUGGCGGCGCCCUGGACGGAGGAGACAGUGAAGCAGUGUCUGUACCUCUACCUGGCGCUGCUGCCACAGAACCACAGGCUCAUCCACGAGCUGGCAGCCGUGUACACGGAGGCCAUCGCCGACAUCAAGCGCACGGUGCUGCGGGUCAUCGAGCAGCCGAUCCGAGGCAUGGGCAUGAACUCCCCGGAGCUGCUGCUGCUGGUGGAGAACUGCCCCAAGGGUGCCGAGACGCUGGUCACGCGCUGCCUGCACAGCCUCACAGACAAAGUCCCGCCCUCCCCAGAGCUGGUGAAGCGAGUCCGGGACCUGUACCACAAGCGGCUGCCAGAUGUCCGGUUCCUCAUCCCAGUGCUCAACGGGCUGGAGAAGAAAGAGGUGAUCCAAGCGCUGCCGAAGCUCAUCAAGCUCAACCCUAUUGUGGUGAAGGAGGUCUUCAACCGCCUGCUCGGCACCCAGCACGGUGAAGGGAACUCGGCCCUGUCCCCCCUGAACCCCGGAGAGCUGCUCAUCGCGUUGCACAACAUUGACUCGGCCAAGUGUGACAUGAAGUCCAUCAUCAAAGCCACCAACCUGUGCUUCGCGGAGCGGAACGUGUACACGUCGGAGGUGCUGGCGGUGGUGAUGCAGCAGCUGAUGGAGCAGAGCCCCCUGCCCAUGCUGCUCAUGCGCACCGUCAUCCAGUCCCUCACCAUGUACCCGCGCCUUGGGGGCUUCGUCAUGAACAUCCUGGCCCGCCUCAUCAUGAAGCAGGUGUGGAAGUACCCCAAGGUGUGGGAGGGCUUCAUCAAGUGCUGCCAGCGAACCAAGCCGCAGAGCUUCCAGGUCAUUCUGCAGCUGCCGCCACAGCAACUGAGUGCCGUGUUCGACAAGUGCCCCGAGCUGCGGGAGCCGCUGCUGGCCCACGUCCGCUCCUUCACCCCACACCAGCAAGCACACAUCCCCAACUCCAUCAUGGCCAUCCUGGAGGCCAGCGGCAAGCAGGAACCGGAGGCCAAGGAGGUACCCGCGGGAUCCCUGGAAGAGGAUGACCUGGAGCCUCCAGCGCCCGCCCCCCGGGCCCCUCAGGACCUCAUCGGCCUGCGGCUGGCCCAGGAGAAGGCCUUAAAGCGGCAGCUGGAGGAGGAACAGAAGCUGAAACCGGGGGCGGUGGGAAUGGGGGCUGCUGCCUCCACCGCUCCCGCAGCCGCCUCGACCGCCUCCACCUCGUCCGCCGCCUCCCGGCCGGGCCCCCCGCAGCAGCCGGAAGAAGUGAUGGAUUUCCGAGAGGAGGGGCCGGAGUGCGAGACCCCAGCCAUCUUCAUCAGCAUGGAUGACGACGCGGGGCUCACUGAGGCCGCCCUGCUGGACUCCAGUCUAGAGGGGCCCCUCCCCAAGGAGGCAGCAGCGGGCGGCCUGGCUUCCAAGGAGGAGCGGAGCCCUCAGACCCUCACCCCCGCGGGGGAGGACACCGCGAAGACCCCCAGCCCCUCUGCAGAGGAUGCUGGAGAACUGGAGACCAAGGGGAACAGCUGACGGGGGCGGGGCGGGGC